AUGUCAAUAAGAAGAAAACCAAGCAAGUACGGUGUGUCAUCUUCUCACGCGGAUGAAGACGCUCUACCAACAGCAAAUCAGACCAGUUUCUUCCAAAAGGGACGCGAAUUCGAAAGUCGCUAUGUAAAUCACCAUUACACAGAAGAGGAAAAGGAGAAGCUUGCUACAUUUGAAAGUGUAGACUAUCUACCUCCUCACAGUGCUGUCUACAAGGUCAGUGAGCGACUCUGAAAGAAGUAAAUAGCGAACGCCACAAUUAAACGCGGUCAAGGGUAGGGUGAGGGUGUGUACAUCGUAGGUUGCUUCCGGGAAGGUCAAGGCAAAGCUCUUGCACGUUUCUCGAUCUCAAAGUUAGCACUCCAACAAGAAAUUUGCUAAGAGAGUGAUUUACCGUUUUAGGUGGACAUAAGUUACGGAAAUGAGGUGCUUGACUUACUUAAAUCUAGGGUGUCGAAUUCAAAAUCUUUUCCUUGUAGGUGCAUGUUAUGGCUCAACUCAAGAUCUGAUUGUUAAUUCUCCCUUAAGCUUCUACACAUUUCUUUUUAAGGAAGGUACAAGAAUUUGGUGUUAGAUCAAGAAGAAAACUUCUACCUGACAAAUUUUGAUUAUUCUCAUUACCUGUUUGCUGGAUAACAUAUAGAUAUUGUAGGAAGAAGUUGCAUGUUAAUCACUUCUGGAGGUUGAAGGGGUUAAGCUUGACGUGUGUAAUAACACUUGAACCUAACGUUUACCUGCUUUUAGGGUCAUACACUCCAUAACUCAGUUUGCUUAUGUAUCUCACUUAAUGAACAUUGUUUUGAAUGGGUCCAUGGUUUAAAAGGCCUCAUUGGCUUGUGCACUUCCCUCACAAACUCUUUGUAAGUGUCUCCCUCCCUCACCCCCACUCCACUGAGGUUGUACCUUAAGACUAGACCCAAAUAUCAUUCCUUUUUUAAUUUUUUGUCACAAAUGCCAAAUGUAAGUUCAUGUGUCAUGAUGGGAUGUGUGAAAAUAUUUACACACCCAUGACCUGUUAAUUUUUAUAUGGCCAUCUCUUUAGAAUGUUUCACAUCCAACAGCUCAAUUAACUCAUAAUUUUGGAAAAUAAGGAAAAAAAUUCCACAUACACUGUCUUUCAAGCAAAAUUUAAAUUUAUGAACACCUUUACUUUCUCUAUUUUGUAAAAUAAAUGUGGCCAAGACUUAAAUUUUAUUUUAACAAAAAUCGCAUUUGAUUUAUGAAAUUAGAAAUCAUUUGAUAGUAAACCACUCACAAGGAAAAACACAAGGAAGACCAAGUGACCUACUCUAAUGAGGGGAACAGGAGAUGGGAAAUAAAAAAAAAAGAUUUGAAGGGAUGGUCAUGUUUUAUUUUAUUUAUGAACCUUGUUCCUGGGUCUCUAUUCUUAAUCCCUUCCUUUGAAGCAAGAUAAAGGAAGGGAGGAAGAGAGAGCCUGGGAAUGAGGUUGUUUGUUAAUUUGAAUGAUUUAUUUGUUAAUUCUAGAACUGGCUAAAGCAGCAGCCAUCACGUCUUGAUUGGGACCGGUGGGUGAUGAUGGGAAUGAUUGGAUUCUCAGUUGGAUUUAUUGGAUUUCUUAUGCAUCAACUUAUUGAUGUCAUAUCAGAGUAUGUCUUGCUGAUGUUGUAUUACAAAUAUUAUACAGUCAUGUUUUUUAUCAAAAAAAAAAAUCUUAUUUAUCCUUGUUGAGUGCAAUAUAACUUGAUGAACACAAAUGUUCAAUUUGAUGUUUGAUGUAUAUCUUGGCAUAUACAAUUCUUAGAUUGUGUGCACAGCUUUUGAGUGCAUAGAUUGCAAAUGCAGGUAAACUGUUGUAGCUGUGUGUGUCGCUGAUGAUGAAUCAAACUUAACAUGCCCUUCACUGCCUGCAUGAAGUACCAAGUACAUCAUGCAAUUUGCAGUUUGUGCUUACAUGAGAUACUAUGUUUGUCCAAAGUUAGAGAGUUACAGUCAAAUCUCUGGCACUGAAGAUGUAAAAUAAACUGGCAUCUAAAACUCAAAUCAAGUUAAAAUUGUGAGAAAUAAUCAGUCAAUUUCUGUUUGCAUAGGACUUUUCAGUGGGGUUGGCAGUUAAGGGGUUCAUUAUACAGCUCUUUCAUAAAUGAUAGGAUUCAACACUAAUUAUUAUUUUAUUGACAUGCAAAUUAUAACUUAAGCUGCUUUCCAUCCUUAUUUGUUGGUAACAUUUUACAUUAUUUAGAAAUGUUGGCCAGAAAGCCUUUUAAGACUUAUUUAAUCCAAGGAUAGGCAUGGGAUUUUCAGAAGAGGUCUUCUUAAAAUUUGCUAAAUUAUUAUUAUUAUAAUAAUUUAUUAAUUUGAAAGCUUAAAUGUACACAUUGGCUGUCUGUUUUUUUGUUUUUUGAUUUUUGUUAAAGCAAGUCUUUGCACUCUUUAUCUAUUGAACAAUGUAAUAACUGGCAAUGGCUUCUGGGAGAACAUGGAAAAGGUUUACCAUACAAUAACUGCCUUUCCUUUUGCUGUUUUUAAUUAUGGUAGAGAUAAUUAUUUUGAUAUUAAGCAUGUUGGUCUAUCACUGGUAAAGUCACAAGGUAAAGGUUUGCAAGUGACCUGCAAUGAAAGCUUCAGAGCUAUGACCUGUAAUAGUAAGAAUCUCAUUACUGAUAUAAGAAUUGUUGAAUAGUGUAAAAUACAUAUAGUUUGCACAGUAUGUAUGUAUUUGGUAUUUUUCUUCCAUUUUCAAUAGAGUGAAAUGGGACAAAGCCUCUGAGUUUAUAAAGGUAUGUGAGUAAAAGUUACUGUGGUUAUGUUUCCUGUUUCCUUUCAUUUAAUGUUCACUCGAAAGAAAACUCAAAAUUGUUAACUAAAGGCAACGUAUUUAAAAAACAAACCACAUUAUUUGAUUUAACAUAAUACCAAAAACAUUGAAAAACCCUAGAAAUAUUACUCAUUAAUUAGUGAUUCCUUUCCUUUCUGUGAAAAUUACUUGUAAACAAAUCAGUUCUUUCUCUAUAGGAUCAUGAGUUUGGCUUAGCUUGGAUAUGGGUCAUUGGUUAUAGUGUACUUUUUGUCGUAGCAAGUUCUGUUCCAGUUGUGGUGGGUAUACAACUUAAAAAUUAAUUUUUCUCUUUGACUCUUUUAUUCCCAAGAUAUAGAUAUCAAUUCUCUACAGUACUGUCUGCUGUACUUUUUCCAUAAUUUUAGCUUUGAAAAUUUCAUCACCUUUCUGCUUAAGUCUGUUUUCAUUUUUGGAGAAGAAAUUCCUUUUUGGUUCUUUAUGGGAGUGAUAUGGGGAUUCCUAAUGAAAUAAAAUGAGAAAAUAAAGUCAGCAAAGAUUUGUCUUCUUCUAAACAAUAAAACUUGUUUGAUUUUUGGUUCUAACAGUAUUAUCGUCCUUCUGCUGGAGGUUCUGGCAUUCCGGAACUGAUUGGUUUCCUAAAUGGCACAGUAGUGCGACACAUCUUUAACCUCAAGACCAUGGUUGUCAAGUUUUUCUCCUGUGUUUGUGCAGUUGGUGCAGGACUUCCUAUUGGUCCAGAAGGUCCAAUGAUCCACCUUGGGUAUGGUUUUCAUUAGAUGUUUGUCUAUGUCUCAAUAUGUAUCAGAAUAAGUAGUAACUGAAAUUAUUGAAAAAAGUCUUGGGACACUUGAAAGUAAUGUUGUAAGUUUUGUAAAUUGUAUUAUAUUUUCUUUCUUACAGCAAUCAGCUUAAAAGAUUCAUAUUUUUUACAUCCACUUGGCAAUAUUAAAUUAUCUAUUAGUUAAUAAUAUAGGGUUCCUAGGUCAUAAAGUGGUUGCCCAAAACAAAAAAGGAAAAAAUUAUAGGAAAAAAUGGAAAAGCACUCUUUGUUCAAUGUUAAUACUAAUGAAGCAUUUCCAACAUUUGGUGUGUGCAAAUGUUUAUCUCACUGUAAGUUUAGACCAUAAACAGUUAGUAGAUGAUAAAGAAAAUACAGCAGGCUACUCGGCUGCUAAAUACCUCUCACCAUUGCAGCCAAAACAGCAGCUGUAUCAAGUUUGUAAUUAAGGUGGCUCCAGACCCACCAACUGUUUUCUGUUUUGGGCCCUUAACGAUUUAAGCCUGAUUAUCCUUUCUUUCAUCCUUUAUUCUUAAUGCCGUGGUGCAUGAUUCAGCAGUAUUACUGUGAAGAUAAAUUAGAUCACUCUAAGGGUUAACUCCCAAGAUCUGAUUGUUGAUCCUCCCCUCUAGCUGGUCCUCAUUUUCUUGGGAAUUGGGCCAUGAGAAUUUGGUGUUAGAUCAAGAUAACAACUUAACCUGAUAAAUUUGAAUAUUCUUAUUACCUGCUUGCUGGAUAAUGUAUGGAUGUUAUAGGGAGAAGUUACUUGUUAAUCACUUCUCGGAGUUAAAGGGUGAACAAAGUGGCAGUGACAAAGUGCCAGUGAUCAGAAAUUAAGAGAAGGUUCCAAUUUUAUCGCAGGAGUUUGGUUGGAGCUGGUCUGAGUCAGUUUAAAUCACAGACUCUUAAGUUUAAACUGCCAUUCUUUGAGAGGUUUCGAAACACAGAAGACAGGUAAGCAGUGAUUUCAUCCUUCUCUAUCAAUAUAUUUUAUCCCAAGAAACCAUGGGAAUUUCAGGCAUAUAUUAAAUGAUUUUAUUUAUCAGUUCAGUCAAAGUUAGUCAACCAGAAGGCCUAACUAUCCUUAUAUUAAUCACAUCAAGCAUCUAAAAAUCUUCUCACUCCCCCAGGGAUACCAGUUAAUUGUGUGGGGGGUUCCCCUCCUUCACUUUCCCCUUAUUGCAGUUGAUUUCCCAAAUUUAGUUAAUUAGAGAACAUCAUCCAUUGCAGCUGUAAUAGCAUCAAGGAUCUAGAAAUCUUCUCACUCCUCCAGAAACCAGUCAGUUGCACAGGUUCCCUCCACUUCUGCGGUUGUUUUUUUUUUUCUUGGGAGUCUGCUUUUUACAGGCUUGAUCUUUGUGCAAUUUCUUAAAUCUCCUCCUGCAGGUGUAUUGAUAUUAUUCAUGUAUCAAAAUAUGGUUUAUUUACAAUCAUUUAUUCAUGAACAGAAUACGAUGGUUGAUAUUAUCUUGAACAGGCGUAACUUCAUCUCAGCUGGUGCUGCUGCAGGUGUGGCCUCAGCUUUUGGGGCUCCAGUUGGUGGCCUGCUGUUCUCCAUGGAAGAAGUGUCGUCUUUUUGGAACAUGAAAUUGUCAUGGCAGACUUUCUUUGCUUGCAUGGUAUCUACAUUCACCACUGUGAGUAAUAAUCUAAUGUACCUGUGUACUGUAGAAUUGAUGUCAUGAUCCCUUCCUUACUCGUGAGAUUUUUUAAGUCACCAAGACACAAACUGCAUAGGUGAUAAAACAUGUGAAUCUGAAAAUUUUGUUUUGUUUACUCAGUAACUCUCUUACAGUGCUAGGAAAUCUAAUUGCCAAUGUGCUAAUACAAUUACCAACUUAUUUCUAUGGCAGAAUGUGUUUUUUAGUUCUUGAUUGAUAUAAUGUAAUCAUGAAUUCUUGCUGUUUGUAGGACUUGUUUAAUUCAGCAUUUGAAGGCUUCAAGUAUCAAGGAGAUUUUGGCUUGUUUAAAGCAGAAAAGAACAUUUUGUUUCAAGUAAGUAUAGACCAGAGUCAUUCUGUAAGGAUGCUUCUUUUUGCCCAGUUGCUCUCAAGCCAGCUAUAAGCCAGUCAUAAGGACAAUGCUUGGCCCAAUAACAAUUAUAAUAAUAAUAAUGAUAAUAAUAAUUUAUUUAUAUAGUGCUAUUUCUAUUGCUAUCCAAUAGCACUUUACAAUGACUGAAACAAACAUAACGUGCUUGAAAAAUCCUAAAUGGCAGGAGGCAGACCAGUUGCCUAUUUACAUAGCACAGCCAAGGAGUUGAACUUGAGGGGACUAAGAACAAAUCCAGUGAAUGGCAGGGUGGAGGACUUGAACCCAGGCCCACCAGAUUACAAGUCCAGAGACCUAACCACUUAGCCAAGCCACCUCCCUAAUGUGUCCCUUCUUAGUUCCUCUAGGGCUGUGCUAAAACUUUGAAAUAUUUGAAACUGUUCCCAAGCUACUGUGAUAUCUUAUAUCUGUUUAGUUGGACAUGAUUUAUUAAACCUGCAUCAAUUUUGAAAAGGAGAUUAGAAUUAUGGUCUAGAAAUAUCAUGAAUCUCAGCCAUGUGGAUGAUACAGUGGUCUGACUGUGAGAACAUUUGAGUUGUGGUGGAGAGUUCUGGGCCCAAGACCUAACAACUGCUGUGUUCUUUUGCAAGACUCUCAAUAGUUACAGUGCUCCAUUCCACCCAGGAGUAUUUAAUGGGUACUGGUGAAGUGACAAUGAUCCCUGGACAGAAGGAGUGCCCCUAGUUUCUUUGCCAUAUGGAAAGCAGGAUGAAGUUCAGCAUCAUGUACCAUACUUCUUCAGUUAACAGAAUCUCACACUUCAGCGAUAGAUGAUUUUUUUUUCCUACACAAAUUGAUGUGGAUAACAAAUUAUAUGGUUUCUGGUGUGAACGUUUCAUCAAUCUUGUUUGUUUGUUUCUGUCAUUUCUGGCAGAUUAGUCAUGGAAUUGGAUUAAACAUCUUGGCUUUCAUACCAACUGUCAUUCUUGGAAUAAUGGGGGGUUUAUUAGGAGCUGUGUUCACUUUCCUCAAUUUAAAGGUACAUCAUCUUAAAGUUUUGCCUAUAAACAAUUAUUGUAUGAGGUUUUUGUGAUAUCCAGAACAAUCAAGGUCGAGGUAGGGGUUAUAAGCCCAAGGCUGAGGCUGAUAACGCUUACCAAGGCUUUGAUUAUUCUGGAUAUCACAAAAACCAAAUCUAAUAACUGUUUUACUGUACAUUGAAGGAAAGAGAAAUGGUCAUGACAGUAAGUGGAACUGAUAAUUAUUUUAUUUAUAAACGUGUAAAAAUAUACAAAUCAGCAUGCCACUCAAAGCGCGCGAACUUGACAUGAUUACCCCUUGAAAUCAUGCACUGCAGUCCUACAUAACAUAAUUGCCCGUCACCUUGAGUGACCUUCACAUGAUUAUUGUAUAAUAUGCAGCUAGAUGACGCCUCUGGCGCUGAUUUAAAAAAUUCACUGUACGCUUUCGGCCAAUCACAAAACAAUGUAGUGAGUUGAAUGUAUAAUAAUCGGAGAUAAUGGAUUUCUUGUUGUCUCAUUUCUUAGCUUCCAUUUAAUAGAUGAUUUCUUGUAAAUUUAUUUCCCUCUAGAUUGCACGCUUUAGAAGAUCAUGGAUUGCAAAGAUUAAUUCUAAACAAUGGAAAAACAUUGCCAAAGUGUCAGAGCCAGUGUUAAUCAUGGUAUGUUCAAAUAGGGUUCAUGUUGCUGUGCGUUUGUUCAGUAAUAGAUCACAGAUGACUUCAAAAUUUGGUAAGAUCUUUAAUUCCUAGUUUCUGUAAACUUCAUCGCCGGGCAAAGUAUAAAAACUGAUUUUCAUCAUAAACGGAUCUGAUAAAUAAUGGAAUUCUCAAAAUCAUUAGACCAGCCAGUUCUGACUGACAGUCAUAGCCGUCCUUUACAUUUCGGCGCAUGUCAGAGUUGUUUUUGGAUGAGCAGUCUGACAACUUUUUUUUCCUUAUUAACUUAAUUAAGGUAAAUAAUUAUAUUAUUACUUAAACUUGUUUCACAGUUUGGUGAUCACGCACAGGGUAUGUUUCCCAGAUUUGUAAAAUCGGCUUUAAAUUUAGAACCACCUUGUACAGACUGUUCGAGAAUAGAUCUCAUUUCAAGUGUAAAAAGUCAUUCCUGAACAGGAACAUGACCUGCCAAAUUCAGGUUAAGGAGGGUCGUCAUUCUCCAUUAAACUACUUUCCUUGACAAAACUAACCGGGAUCUUUUGUUUGACAGAUAAUCACUGGUACAGCGUCAGUUUUUCUUCCUGCGGCAUUUCCUUGUACGCCGUUCCAUUGUUCCUUUACAUCAAAAGGAUAUAGGUAUAACACUCAAUUUAUGUUCUUCGUAGUAUCUCUCAGUUAGCUUUGUGUAGAAAAAGUCAGUCCAAAAUAAAAGAGCCAUUGUUUUCAUUUUAUUUAUUUUCUUCAGUCGAAAGUGUUUGACAGACACCCAGCACCCUCUACACACAGAAAGAGAUGUAAGAAACUACACAUGUCCUGCUGGUAUGUCAGUAACGAUUAAUGGAACUCAGUUCACCAACUCUUCUUAUAAUGAAGGUAAGAAUCGUUGGAUAAAGCUGAGGUUUGUAUUUUGCGCUUCAGUCAGAUGACUUUACGAUGUAGCUUUUACGUCGCCAUAAAAGUUGCACAACGCUCGAACACAGUGCGAAACCUGCAUUCGUGUGAAAAAUUUGUCGCAUAGAAAGAUCUUGUAUUAACAAGCUCCUUGGGUGCCUUCAAGCUUUCAAGCGAAUUUCGCUCCCAAAAUAACUUAUUUUUGUGACGACGGUUGGUUUGAGAGCGCUUUUUGAAAGUGUGUCGUAAAACCAAAACCAAAUUAAUCACAACAGCCAUUUAGAAGAAAGGAUAAUAGCGGGGCUCGCAGAACGUAGCCCCACAAUGAUACAAAAUGGUAGUAGUAACCCAUCAAGCCGAAAAAAAUUGGACUCAUGACCGUACGGGCGUCCGUACAAGAUGCUACUUUUAACAUGCGUGAUUAACUGUGCCGCGGGCGCGCCAACGCCACGGCUUUGUCCAGUAGUCCAGUGGUCAGUGCACCGGGCUCCGAGUCGGACGACCCGGGUUCUAGUCCUGGCCGGGGCAAGGCGUUGUGCCCUUGAGACGUGAAAAAAUGCGAGCUCCGCAUUUAGGCUUGGCUAAAUCUACAUAUAACCUAAGAGCCAAUGAGAGCUCAAAGUAAAACAACCUAACUGCCUAAAGCGCGGGAAAACGCGCGCGAGCAAGUCGUGAUUGGUUGUAGUUUUGUAUCUGAUUGGUUAAGAGAGUGGCGCGCUUUUUCUAUACCGAUCACAGAGCGAAGUAAAAUAUAAAACCAAUGCAAGAACGGAUUAAUUUCGACACUAUUGAAAAUUGCACCAUUAGGUUUGAUUUGCUUCCAUUUCUAGGUUUGCUAUAAACAGUUGAUCUGUGAAUAGUUCUCUUCAUCUCUUUUACUUACUAUAUUGGUUUUUGUAAUUUAGUGGCUACGCUGUUAUUUUUGACGGGAGAAAAAGCCAUUCAUCAUUUGUUUUCCAGAGACACAGCUUACGAACUUGGAUAUGCGUACGUAUCUUCAUAUAAAUGAUUUCCUAUCCUUCUGCCCCUUAACGAAAACUGUGGGAAUCAAAAUGAAGACCACUUUAUUCCUGUGAAAUAGAAGGAAGAUAAACCGUUGAAAUCAAGGGGGAAAACGUUUUUACCACUCCUUCUAAACCCUGUCAGAAUGAUAUGAUCAGAAAACAGUUACAAGAUACUUAAUAAUUUCUUAUUCUGUUAGAAAUACCCCUCUCUAAGUAAGGAUUUUAAUAACACUUUGUUCAAAAAGACCCAAAAAGCUCUGUUUAUUGAAACUUCUAGUUGCAAAAUGUUAAUUAUCAUUGAAAAAAGAGGGAGAUAUUUGGAAGAGCGAAGAGACGACUGUCUUUUUUUUUCCCUCCUCAGGUCUCUCUGCUCUGUGUUGGUUAUUUAUUUUUUGCUCGCGUGUUGGUCGGCUGGCAGUGCCAUUUCAAGUGGUUUAGUGGUGCCAAUGUUGUAAGUAUACAUAUCAUUAAUACUUAAGACUACAGCGUAUGUGGAUUGAGUGCGGUUAUACUAAAACCAAAGUGACCAUACUGGCCAAUUAAAACAACAGAAAAUAUCUUGAGAAGCCAACGAAAGCUCAAUAAAAAGAACAAGGCAAUUGACUGAAGAGCGGGAAAAUGCCAGAUACUUAGUCGUGGUCUUAGGUUUUAAUUUGAUUGGCUGAGAGGGUGGUGGACUUUUUUUCAAGACCAACACUCAAAUCACUUAGUAAAUUAAAGAAAACUAACUGUUCCCAGAACAGUACUGUUUUCCAGACUAUUUUGUCAGCAUAGUGGAGACGAAAACUUGGCGCUAAAGGACAACAUUGGGCUAGAAGACGCACAGGGUCUCUUCCCUGGGAUUUUUUUUCUCCUCCAGUUUCCCUGUGGGUCCCUCUUGUAUGUUAAUUUACAGAAAAGAAUCAUAGAGAAAGAAUGUGAAUAAAGAGAGAAAAUGAAAUUGAAUGUCUUGUCCGUCAGGUUCAUAGGUGGAACAUACGGCCGUAUUAUUGGAAGAGCUAUGGUGGAUUUAUUCGGUUUCCACUCUACAGGUGGGUCAGUACAAGAAACCAAAGUCAUCUUUUAGCAUCUUGAACCGCACAACUGUGGGUAUUCAUUUAUCACUGGUUACUAUAGUUCAUACGAACCUAGUGCAAAGUUCAACUUACCCACCAGUUCUCUGUUGUUCCGUGGUAGACAAUCCCAGAAAGAGAAAUACAAACGUCUGAGGUUCUAUUCCUCUCUGGCGAUUCGGAUUUUCCUUCGACUCAAACUCGUGAGAAAAUGUAUUAAAUGUUCCUUCAAUGCUUCAGUAUUUUGACACUUACUGAAGGAAAAAUAUCUUCUCAAAAUUUUUAUUGAAGCCUGUUUCUCAAAGGAGGGCAUCUGCUUGCGUCCACAGCCCCUUUUCGUGGCUACACCGUUCGUAUUUUUUAAACUUUUGGGGAUAUUUCAUUUUAGGUUACUGGGCUUGGAUGGACCCAGGAGCUUUUGCUCUCAUUGGAGCGGCGUCAUUUUUCGGUGGUGUAUCAAGACUGACCAUGUCCUUAACAGUGAUUAUGGUGAGUGUGUGAUAUUAGUCGCAGGAAGUAUAUCUAGCGUACGGGGGAGCCAUCAAUCUGGGUUAAUACCGGUUUAUAUUAGAGAUCUCUAGGGUUGAGUUUCGUGAAAUAUCGCAUAUCCCUUGUAGUCAUAUGUAAUUUGUGUGAUACUUGUUUACUCCCUACUUUUCCUUCUUUCUCAGAUGGAGAUCACAAAUGACAUUCAGUUUUUGUUACCGAUCAUGGUCGCCAUCAUGGUAGCUAAGUGGGUAGGAGAUUUUGCUACUCAUCCGUUGUACCAUGCUCUGCUGGAGUUGAAGUGUAUUCCCUUUCUUGACUCUGAGCCUGUUAUUCUUCACGAGGGAUCCAAAGCGUGAGUGGCAAAUAUUUAAACGCAAUUUUCAGUUGCAUCGAAAGUAAUCCCGAAAAGCAUUGGUCUUGCGAUAACAUGCUCUGUGAUUGGUUCAAAAAAACGCUUACCACUCUUUCAACUAAUAAAAUGUUAUCAGCGCAUUUCCGCGCUUUGGCAAGUGGCGAGAAAGCGCGGGAAAGGCCCAAAGUAACGGCCUUUUAACUGUUUUAUUUCUUCUUCUCUUUGGCUCCGUGUGAAACUUUCUCUUGUUCCUUUUGGAGCUGUGAUCAGAGUGUUUUGGUUUAACGACACUCAAGUGAGGAGCACUCUGCAUCGUGUUUCGAACAAAGGAAAUAUCACUCGGAGGCCAUAGUAAAUUCAAAUUAGGAACGCGCAAACUAUCCGAAGCUCGGGAAAAUGUGAGAUAAUAGGUCUUGAUUAACUUUGGUCUUUGCAUCUGAUUGGUCGAAAGAGAAGUGCGAGUUUUCUAGACCAAUCAGAGAGAAAACUGACGUAAAACCAAUGCAAUGCGUGAUUACUUUUGGUGUCUUUAAAGUUUGUUCUUGUUUAACACUCAGUUCAGACCUCUUGUACAACGUCUGCGUAUGCAUUUACACUUUAUGGUAAGCGGUUGAUCCUGUAGGCGUAUGCAGAGGUAUAUAUGACAACGAGCAUAUUACGCCUUAGCAAAUAAAGUCAUGUAACCGGCCUGAAAUAAGGAAAAUGCGAUUGGCCAAGGCACGAUUAGUUUUGAGUCUUUUGGCACGUUUUCUAGAACAAUCACAGAGUGUAAUGGAGCCACGCCAGGACAUUCCUAGAUUGUUCACAAUCUUAUUUAUUUAUAAAAUACACCUUAUCAACAUUUGCUUCUUGUUUUUAGGAUUAACUUAGAGUUGUUUUGAGCUGGCGAUGCCAUGUCCUCUCCUGCAAUAGUAAGUAGAUUGAUGUAUACCGUUUGGAAUGUCGCAAAAGACGAAGUGAUCUUUACAGGUUAAUUGUAAUCAAAGUUUCGACAGAAAGUAGAAUAUAAAAAAAAAAAAUAAAUAGGCUUUGGUGAGGUUCGAACCGGUGCCUCUCAGACAUCUUUUGGGUGUUUCUAAAAACUUUGCAACGAGGACCGACUCGUUUUGGAAGCGAGGCAAAUAUUCCGCGCUUUUCCUUCAUACAGGUGUCCGAUUACAGCCAACUGUCCGAUUACACUGUCCGAUCACAACUCUACAGAAUGAUUAGUGAAAAAUAAAGCACCCUAACUCUAAGCAAUUACUACAGCGCCAAUCACAUUUGAGGAAAUUGUAAUGGUUAUGAUCAAUUUGGGUAGAGUGCGGCUUGUUUGUCAGGUCUUAACCUUAGGGACCGUGGCAGUUAUCUUCUUGAACCUGAGCGGACGGUCCUUCCAUAUCCUGACGCCUUUUUUCUCUCGUGUAUAUAAGGUUGUGCACAAAGUGGAAUCUGUGUCUCGCCUUACUCAUUUGUUGUUUGACACACCUCAUGGUGGGUAUCCUGUGGUCACUAAGACAGACGCAGACUAUGAGGUGUUCUCUGGACUGAUAUCCAG